AUGUCUAUCAUCUUUUUUCUUUCUUUUUCUCUUUUGUCUUUCUUUUUCUCUCUUUUUUCUUUCUCUUUCUUUCUGUUUUGUUUCUUUUUUCUCUCGUUUUUCUUUCUUUUUUCUCUUUUGUCUUUCUUUUUCUCUCUUUUUCUUUCUUUUUUCUUUCUUUUUUCUCUCUUUUUUCUUUCUUUUUCUUUUUUUUCUCUUUUGUCUUUCUUUUUCUCUCUUUUUUUUCUUUUUUCUGUUUUGUCUCUCUUUUUCACUCUUUUUCUCUCUUUUUUCUUUCUUUUUCCUUUCUUUUUCUCUCUUUUUUCUUUUUUCUUUCUUUUUUUUCUUUUUUCUCUGUUUUUUCUUUUUUCUUUCUUUUUUCUCUAUUUUUUCUUUCUUUUUUCUUUCUUUUUCUCUUUUGUCUUUCUCUUUCUCUCUUUUUUUUCUUUUUUCUGUUUUGUCUCUCUUUUUCACGCUUUUUCUCUCUUUUUUCUUUCUUUUUCCUUUCUUUUUUCUCUUUUGUCUUUCUUUUUCUCUCUUUUUCUCUCUUUUUUCUUUCUUUUUCUCUCCUUUUUUCUUUUUUCUUUUUCUCUUUCUUUUUUGCUUACUUUUUCUUUCUUUUUUCUGCUUUUCAUUCCUUAUCUUUUUUUAUUUCUAAUUUUUUUUUCUUUGUUUCUUUUUUUUUCUUUUCUUUUUCUCUUUUGUUUUUUCUUUCUUCCAUCUUUUAUUUCUUUAUCCAUCUUUUCAUUUUCCUUCAUUCAUUCUUUGUUUCUUUCUUUGUUUCUUUUUUGGUAUUCUACUUUUAUUUCUCUGAAAUGUUCCUCUUUCUUUCUUUCUCUGUUUUCUACAUUUCUUUUUUCUUUUAAUUUCGCUUGCUUUCUUUCUUUCUUUCUUUCUUUCUUUCUUUCUUUCUUUCUUUCUUUCUUUGGUUCAUUCUUUCUUUGUUUUCUUUUUCUUUUUUCUCAUCUGUUUCUCAUUCUUUCUUUCUUUCUUUCUUUCUUUCUUUGGUUCAUUCUUUCUUUGUUUUCUUUUUCUUUUUUCUCACCUGUUUCUCAUUCUUUCUUUCUUUCUUUCUUUCUUUCUUUCUCAGACUUCUACUUUUCUUUUUUUCUGUUCUUUUCGCUGACCUGUCCCUCUUUCAUUCGUUCUUUCUUUAAUUCAUUCAUUCAUUCUUUCUUUCUUUCUUUCUUUCUUUCUUUCUUUCUUUAUUCCAUCCUUCAAAUCCUAACGGCCGGGUUCUUCCGAAGUACCUCCAGGGAAUCGUACCAAUCAAGCGGACACAGCGGCCACAGAAUUGUAGCCACUACCUCGUCAUUAGAGGACGCCUCAUCUCGUUCAGUCUCACCUCUUGAGUUUUGUCUCAAUUUCCAAAUCUUCGGCUCUUAUCAUGAUCAUUAUUGUUUCUUUCUGAAUAUACGACCUAACACCUCUCCCUUUUUCGUUCUCUCUCUCUCUCUCUCGUUUCUCUCUCUCUCUCGUUUCUUUCUCUCUCUCGUCUCUUUUUUCUCUCUCUUUCGUUUCUUUGUCCAUCUCUCUCCUCCCAGCCUCUCUCUCUCAGGACUGUUUCUCUCUCUCUCCCUCCUCCCUCCCCUUCUUCCACCUGCAUCGUCUUUUCUCUCUCCCUCUCUCUUGUCUCUUGUCUCUUUCUCUCUAUCUCUAUCUCUCUCGUCUCUUUUCUCUCUCUCUCUCUCUCUCUUUCUCUCGGUUCUUUGUCCAUCUCUCUACUCCCAGCCUCUCUCUUUCAGGACUGUUUCUCUCUCCCUCCGUUUCUUCCUCCCUCGCCUCCUGUAUCAUCUUUUCUCUCUCUCUCUCUCUCUCUCUCUCUCGCGCGCGCGUCUCUUUCCUUCCCUCGCGUCUCUUUAUCUCUCUCUCUCUACUCUCUUGUUUAUUUCUCUCUUUUCCUUUUUUCUCCCUCCUGACUCUCACGUCCUCCCCCUCUCUCGUCUUUUCUCUCUCUCUCUUUCUCGCGUCCUUUUUCCUCUAUCUCUCGUCUCUCUCUCCCCUCCUUCCUUUUCCUCCCUCCCUACUUUCCAUCCUUCUUCACCCUCUCUCUCUCUCUCUCUCUCUCACCACAUCUCUCCCUCUUUCUCUCGCUAUUCGUUUAAUUCGGAAAACGACGGUCUCUUCAGGGCAAGUCCCGUCUCUCUCAGGUUUCGCCUUUCAUUCUCAUCUAUUGUUCUCUCUCUCUAUGUUUUUUAUAUUCUUUCUAUCUUUCUUUAUUUCUUUCUUUCUUUUUUUCUCUCUCUCUCUCUCUUUCUCUUUCUGUCGAACCAUCUCUCUCUCUCUCUCUCUCUGUUGUCUUUUUCUUUUUUCAAUCGUCACAGCACAUCCCGUCUCUCUCUCUCUCUCUCUCUCUUUCCGCCUUUCGUUCACAUCUAUCAUUCUCUCUCUGCGUUCUUUCUUUCCGUCUUUCUUCGUUUCUUUCGUUCGUUCUUUCUUCCUUUUUCUUUCUUUCUUUUUCUUUCUUUCUUUCUUUCUUUCUUUCUUUCCUUCUUUCUUUCUUUCUUUCUCCGUAGCAGCAAACUCUCUAUCUCACUUCUUUCCUCUUUCAUUUCCAUGCAUCCUGCACUCACUCACUCACUCUCUCUCUCUCUCUCUCUCUCUCUCUCUCUCAUUGUGUGUAUCCUCACUCCCUCCCACUCUCUUUCCCUGCAUAGAAAAAAUCUCUUCAUAUCUAUCUAUCUAUCUAGCUAUCUAUCUAUCUAUCUAUCUAUCUAUCUAAAACCUCUGUCUGUUCAUAACUAUCUAUCUUCUGUUCAUAUCUAUCUAUCUAUCUAUCUAUCUAUCUAUCUAUCUAUCUAUCUAUCUAUCUAUCGAAAACCUAAAUAUGUUCAUAUCUAUCUAUCUAUCUAUCUAUCUAUCUAUCUAUCUAUCUAUCUGAAACCUAAUCUCUUCAUAUCUAUCUAUCUAAAACCUAAGUCUCUUCAUAUCUAUCUAUCUAUCUAUCUAAAACCUAAUGAUGGGCCUGUGGUUUUUUUUUUCCCUUUCGCUCUUCUUCUUAAAUUUCUUCCCCUUUUUCUUCUUCUUCUUCUUCUUCUUCUUCUUCUUCUUCUUCUUCUUCUUUCUUCUUUUUCAACUGUACCUUCUUUUAUGCCUUCUGCGUCGUCAUCAUUGCUAUGGAUUCCUUCUUUUUCUUUUUUCAUUUUCUUCUCAAUUUUCUUCAUUUUUCUUUGUUGUCAGUCUUUUCUUUCAAUGUCCUUUUAUUUUCUCAGUCCCUUCAUUGCAUUUUUUUUCUUUAAUCGCUGUCCUCAUGGCCCCACCCCCUUUCUAAUCUGUCUAUCCCCCACCCCAUUUCUUUUUCAUAACUCUAUUCCAUUUACUCUUUUUGCCUCUUCUUUUUUGUUUUAUUUUGUUCUUUUUCUUCCUUCUUUUUUCUCUUUCUUUUCGUCUUUCUUCUUUUUUCUUUUUCUCUUUCUUUUCCUCUUUUCCACAUGCUUUCCUUCUUUUUCUUUUUCUCUUCCUUGUUUUUUCUAUAUGCUUUCCUUCUUUUUUCUCUUUCUUUUCGUCUUUCUUCUUUUUUCUACAUGCUUUCCUUCUUUUUCUCUUUCUUUUUCUCUUUCUUCUUUUUUCUACAUGCUUUCCUUCUUUUUCUCUUUCUUUGUCUCUUUAUUCUUUUUUCUACAUACUUUCUUUCUUUUUCUCUUUCUUUUUCUCUUUAUUCUUUUUUCUACAUGCUUUCCUUCUUUUUCUCUUUCUUUGUCUCUUUCGUCUUUUUUUACAUGCUUUCCUUCUUUUUCUCCUUCUUUGUCUCUUUCGUCUUUUUUCUACGUGUUUUUCUUCUUUUUCUCUUUCUUUGUCUCUUUAUUCUUUUUUCUACAUGCUUUCCUUCUCUUUCUUUUCAUUUCUUCUUUUUUCUACAUGCUUUCCUUCUUUUUUCUCUUUCUUUUUCCCUUUCGUCUUUUUUCUACAUGCUUUCCUUCUUUUUCUCUUUCUUUGUCUCUUUAUUCUUUUUUCUACAUGCUUUCCUUCUUUUUUCUCUUUCUUUUCCUUUCUUCUUUUUUCUACAUGCUUUCCCUUUUUUCACAGUUUAUUCUAGAUUCUUUUUCUUUUUUUUAUCCUUUUCUUCUCUUUUCUUCUUCUUAG